AUGGAACCAAACACACCUGAAAAGGACCCUCGCUCCAAAUUAGCUGACGAAAUUCUCAGCGCCGGUAAGCGGGCAUUUGAUCCAUCAUCGGACGAUGCUUCUCGAACAGCUGCCCAAGAAGACUUUCAGAAGCUCAUUGACGGUACUCUCAAAGCAUCCGAGGCAGCCAUUCCCCAGAAAAGAGGCGCCAACAUCACCCAGGAAGCCAUGGCCGUUGUCACUCGCAUUCUUACCUCCCCACCAGCAAUGGUAUCGCCUGAAGAUUGGUUCUCAAAGGUUGCGCCCCAGUUGAUCGUGCUGCUGGAUGGAAACGAAGGCGCAGAGCUUAGUGUGGCAGCGGCACAGAUCAUCAUGUUUGGGGUAUUGGGCAGGAAACAAUUUGGCGCACCUGAGGCCAGAAGCCAUGCUGACGCUGCGUCAGGAACACCUGGUUGGAAUGUCUUUGUUGAGCCUCUGUUGCACAACUUGGAUCCAUCUCGCGAGUGCAACAGUCCUGCGCCGCACAUCAAACUUGAAGAACCCGAUAUUGUUGAUUUGAGUGAAAAGGCCGUCCUGGUCACUGCCGACGACCUCUUCGUCACAUUGCGCCGCAUGUCGUCGAUGAUAAACUUCACACCGUACCCAGCACAGACCAAAAGAAUCCUGGACCCAGUUCUCGCACAUUUAUGGGCUAUAUCGUGCCAGAGCAAAGGCAACAAAAGGACCGAGGACCGAUACUCGAAGCCAUCGAGAUCAUUGCUCCAUACGUUUCUGAAACUGAGUGUUUCUGUGUCAAAAUUACACGAGGUCGUCGAAAACCUACUAUAUCAAGGAGAGUAUGCGAAAAUGCCACAGUGGCGAUAUCAGUCGACUUCUGACGGCGACCUUCAAAUAUGUGCCAUUCCGCUGGGCCAUGGAUCACAGGUCCCAGAACUAGACUGGAAUGAGAUUCAGACCCGUUCCGAAGCCCUUAUACGUCUGUUGACGGCGAGUUGCACACCCGAAGAAACAUCGACCUUCUUCUUGGAACUUCUUGGCCGAUGGUUCCAAUCAACAGUCACAACCCAAAAGCCUGAAGUUCUCACCAAAAUGGAAGACAGCCAGGCUCAGGAUGAUAUCAAGCAACUCUUCGAAAUAACAAUCUUGCAGAAGAUGCUAGAACAAAUCCCAGACAAGCUGAUUAGCCGCGUAACGCAAGUUACUGAGCUUGUAGCUCAGAUCCUGGAUCCCAGCGGCCUCCAGGACCAGUCUGACGACAUCAUCGCGGUUGCUUUAAGCUUGUUCAACUUAGUCAUCACAGCCCCAAGCUUCAAAAAGUCGAGCCUGAAGACUGAAGUUCUACAAGCUCUUGAAGCAUCUCUUGCUAAACUUGGCGCAGCGGGACGCCCUGAGGUUUCUCCUACGGCGAAGAACCUGACGCUUUUGCUGAGAUACCGUGAGGCUAUCGAUCCCACAGAAGAGGGUGCAUUUGUGCCCACCGAUAAGCAGGUGGAGGACAGGCGAACGUACAAGCUUGCGCUGGAGUACAUUACUCAAGCAGAUAAUCCUCCGCCAAUCCGCUCCGAGGGAAUCAACCUUAUAUCGGGCCUAGUGGCAUCUGAUAGUUCUGUUCUGGAUGUGCAAGCCACCCUCGUUCUCCUUUCGUCUCUACUUCAAGACAGCGAAGACUUUAUCAAUCUCCGGGUUGUGAAGCUUCUGACCCAAUUGGCGAAUAAACACCCUAAAGCAACCACGCAGGAGAUCCUUGAACAUUACCUGGACUCAAAGGAAACCUCGUCAACGGAUGUCCGCUUACGCUUCGGCGAGGCCUUGGUUCAAGUGAUUGAGCGCCUCGGCGAGACUUUUGCCGGUGACGUGGCAAGGCGCGUGUCUGAAACAUUGCUGUCGAUUGCCGGAAGGCGAGGCCAUCGACCAAAGACGGAGGCCAAGCAGUCCCGAGAGAAACGUCUGCAGGACAUGAAGAAAAAGCAGGCGGAGGAUGCGUGGGGAGGAGAUGUCCCAGAUCUCAGUGAUGAUCUUACGGGAGAAGAGUUGGCCAAGAACGAGAUCCUGACUCAGAUUGUUGAGGGAUGGGAGAGCAAGAGAGGUAGCGAAGACGCCCGCAUGCGAGCAUCUGCCCUUUCGAUCUUCUCAGUCGGUCUCGAGACCAAUAUUGCGGGCAUUGGGCCUGACCUCAUUUCCAUCGCAGUGGACCUCUGCAUCAACGUGCUGGCGCUUGAGCGAGAAAUUGAAAAGGGCAUCAUCCGGCGUGCAGCCAUCUUGGUUGUUCUGGGCUUCGUCAAGGCUCUUGAUACUGCCAAGCAAUCUGGUCGGAGACUCGGUUUCGGAUUGACUGACCAGAGCCGGGAGGAUAUUACGAGGACUCUGAAAUACGUUGCAGUCACGGACAACGAUGGCCUAGUCCAGCAGCACGCUCGGGACGUGAUUGAGAGUUUGGAGAAUUGGCAACUGUCUUCGAUGGUUGCUUCGGGAUACAAUAUCGGAGAACCAAGUAUUGGGCGACUGGCAGGCUUGACCAUCGACCAAGACCGAUCACUCCCCUCUGUCAAUACGAAACGUCCUAGGAUAGAAGAGAUUGAGUAA